AUGAUCGUCUCUCGAAAGACUACUAACCAGUCGUGUUCAGGUACCAGGGCUUACUGUGAGCGCACCAGCUCCGGUUUCGACAUCUGCGGCUGCGCCGCUCCCUCCGACAACAGCACCAUCGGCAGAGACAACUACUUCAACGGCAACACCACCGCCAGUCAGCUUGACAACUUCGACAUCGACACCGCCGCCGAUAAGCUUGUCAACUCCACCAGUGGCUCCGCCGCCGUCAAGCUCGACCACCUCGUCAGCCAUACCACCGCCAGAUCCACGGGGGCUGCUGUAACCAUCCCGCCGACCACAAAUGAGGCUAAUAAUGGCGGCUCCGGCGGAGGAAACCGACUGGAUACGGCGGAUUUUAUCGGCAUUGCCAUAGGAGCAGGGGUUGCCAUUGUUUUGCUGAUCGCGAUAAUAGCCGCCGCUGUGAUUUUGUGGCGGCGAAAGUCCUUGAGAAGCUUGAGAAGCCGACCGAGGGAUUCAGAUGCGCUUCCGAUCGCCAGGGCCAUCUCCCCGCAGCACCAGAGCCUUCAUGCACCUUCGGAGCACUACAGCGUGGAUUACGACAGCCGAGGACCAGAUGAGCCGUGGGCAAUGUCUGGUGCCCAGCCAACCAUGACCGAAACUGCUGCUCCUCAAAUUCGCGGCACCAGUUGGUUCAAACUACCGUCGCCUGUCCGAGUGCACAGCGGCAGGUCGUCGACGUGGUCGAGACCCGGACCGGCGACAUCCCUCCACAGUCACCCACUCGUCCGCAAAUCAUCAGAUGCGAGCGUAUCUCAGCACAGCAACAGGAGUUCCGGCGGUGUGCCGCGCGUUGUCCGGCAGUCAUCCUCGACGUAUCGGCGGCCCGAGAGUCCCCCGAACGUAUCUAUCGACCGGCAAGCCAGGGGCUCCGAGUCCGCGAGCCUAGGCAGCCUCUCCAGCGAGGCAGAGAGACAUCUAGCCGUCGGACAAAGAGGAGACUCAGUAGUUGGGGCCAGCAAUCCAUUCGAUUCACAACGCGGUUCUGGGACCUCAAGUGCGCAGAGACAGCCUAUGGCUCUGUUGCCCGUCUUUCAGCAGCCGGUGUACGCUCAAUUACCUGGGAAUUCAGGCGCGAUCGUUGAGUUGAUAUAG